AUGUUAGAUGUACAUGACAAUCAAUUGAGUGGCUUCAUUCCGAAGUCAAUGAUCAAUUGCAAGAAUUUGAGGCUGCUGGAUCUUGGGAAUAAUCAUAUUAGUGGUCACUUUCCAUGCUUCCUAAGGAACAUAUCCUCACUCCAAGUCAUGGUUUUGCGAAAAAAUGAAUUUCAGGGUCCUAUUGGAUGCCUAGAAAAUAAUGGAAGUUGGCCUUCCCUUCAUAUUAUUGAUUUGGCAUUUAACAACUUUAAUGGUUUUCUUCCAACCAAAGCUUUUAUAACUUCGGAAGCAAUGAUGCAUGAUUUUGAAGAUCAAGCUGUAACGUCCAUCCUUUCUUAUUACAUCACAAUCUUUGUUUUCAAAGGAAUGUCAUAUUAUUAUUCAAUGGCAAUUGUGAGUAAAGGCCAGGAUGUGGAGCGGGAUAAAAUACAAAACUCCUUCACUUUGAUUGACUUUUCAUCUAAUAAUUUUGGAGGCUCAAUACCAAAAGAGCUAAUGAACUUGGAAGCUCUUCAUGUUCUCAAUUUGUCAAAUAAUGCUUUCUCAAGCAAAAUCCCAUCUUCAAUUGGAAAUAUGAAGCAGCUUGAAUCUUUGGAUUUGUCAAACAAUUAUUUGACUGGAGAGAUUCCAACAGAGCUUGCAAGCCUGUCGUUCCUUUCAUUUUUGAACCUUUCAUUUAAUCAUCUUGUGGGAAUGAUCCCUACAAGCACACAACUUCAAUCAUUUGAUGCCUCUUCCUUCCAAGGCAAUGAAGGGCUCUAUGGACCUCCUUUGACCAAAAUUCCAAAUAAUGGGAAGCCAAGAUUAAUGCUACCACCUCUAGCUUCUGAAAAUGACCAUGGAAUUGAUUUCACAUUUAUCACAAGCAUGGAAUUUGGAGUGAUUUUUGGCUUAGCCAUUAUUAUAGGACCUCUUUUCUUUUGGAGGAAAUGGAAGAUAAUGUACUGGAAAUAUGUGGAUGAUGUUCUUUGUAUCAUCUUUCCUCAACUUUAUCUUGAUUAUCAAAGACAUGCUGGACAAUGGCACGCAGUUCUGCGUUGGAGUCGUUAA